AUGAGCAUUGAUGCCAUUGAAGCCGUUUUUGAUGGAGCAAAUGUGCCGCUGGAGACCUGGCAAACCUUGGCGUUACGGCCGGUGCGGAAGAGGCUGGGUGGUUUACUGGCGGCCACUGGUGCAGCGAUAAACGUGGAGGUGCCGGUGAGGGAGACGGAGGGAAGACUUCGCGAUGCUAAGGCAGUGAGAAGUGGGGAUCGCCAGGUAAAGUUGGCUCGACUGAAGAGCAGCUCGUUGUUGGAACGUCGCCAAGCCGCAGCAGAUGAGGUGCUCCGGAAGGUAAAUGGAAGAAGCGGUUCAGCAGCUGAAGCUUGCUUGGACGAAUGGCUGCAAGGGUUUUAUGCGGAGAUGUCAGAGCAGGAAAGACUCCAGCAAGCCUUAUGUGAUGCUUUGCCAGCUGCCGUGCAUGAAGUCAAGGUAAAGGCAGCGGAAGGAAAAUCACAGAUAGUGCUGCUCAAGAGCUUGCACUGGUUGAUGCUGAAGUCCAAUUAUACUGUCCUCAAGGAUCGCUUCGGGCUUUGCUUACCAGUGUUGCUCCAGAUUUUGGAGAGCUCCACAGACUCCCUGCUUCGUUUCGUUGGGUGGGAUGUUCUGAAUCUCUUGCUGGAUCGUGCAAUGGCAGUAGAAGUGCAGAACUUUGGCCCCUGCCUAGCUGAUUUCUUUGAGAGUCAUUCUCCUUUUUUCCUUCAAGAAGAGCUUGGUCGCUUAACCGUGGCACCCUUCGCCAGUAGCUUUGUGCUGUUUAUUCUCAAGGCCUAUCCGGGCCACGAAAGCACCGUCACUGCCCGUGAUGAGCAGUUGGAACGGUUCUUGCGCUUCGGGUGCUUUCAUUGCAAGGCACAGGCACAAGCGUUCUGCCUGUUCCUGGAGUUUGGAUUACUUCCCCUCCUGGCACGAGAAGCUCUAUUGUUGGCGCCAAGCUUGCAAGAGAUCUCUGUGCUGCUCCUUCAAAGCUGUGAAAGUCCGCAAAUCAUAGAGGUACUCCUGUCGUGGCGAUGUGUAUUGCUACUUUUCAGGCGACUGCCGCAACGUUUGCCGCGAUACUUUCAGGAUAUCCUUCUUCGUGUGAUUUUUGGCUUCUUGACCUUCGUAGCUUCAGAUGCACCUGAAAGUCUUGGCUUGAAAGAAUCCCCUGAUUCGAUCCGUGGAUUUCGUGCUCCUGUGGUGGCUUCCAUGUCUUCUGCGGAGUGGGAGGAGGCAGAGGCACGACGAGAAGAGCUGGCCGUGGUGCUCCAAGAGGGCUCCCGGCUGAAUGCCACCCUGACAGUGCCCAAAGGCGCAACUGCAGGUCUCAACUUGAGCUUUGGUGGAGCCUGA